AUGCCCAACGCCUCUUCCUGGACUGCUAGCUCGCCUCUGCUGCUGCUCUGGGAGGAUUCCUCUGGGACUCGUAUCUUCCUGUCGCUGCUCUAUGCAGUCUUAGCUAUCUCAGGGACUUUGUCCAAUGUGAUGGUCAUCUAUUUAGUCUUUUCCUUCAAGAAGCUGCAGACAACCAGUAAUGCCUUCAUUGUGAAUGGCUGUGCAGCAGACCUAAGCGUUUGUGCCCUGUGGAUGCCCCAGGAGGCUGUGCUGGGGCUGCUGCCUCCCAACUCCUCCUCCCUUCACUCGGUGGAGUACCGGCUGCUCCGAGGGGGGCUCCUCGGCCUCGGCCUCACCGUCUCCCUGGCCUCUCACCUGCUGGUGGCCUUCAACAGGUACGUGCUCAUCACCAAGCUGCCCAGCGUGUACCAGGCCCUUUACCAGCGGAGGCACACGGGCUGCAUGAUCGGGCUUUCCUGGGCCCUCGCCCUGCUCCUAGUUCCGCUGCUGCCCGGGCUCUGGACCCCGGGCUCUGCCCAGCAGCUGCCCCUGCGGCAGACGGACGGCAGCUCUCGCUACACCGCCCUGCUCCUCGCCCUGGCC